AUGGACCCCCCCCCCGCUGCCUUCGUGCCCCUCCCCCCAUGGGAUCGCGGGAACCAGGACCUGGAAUAUGUGGAUCUGGAUGAAUUCCUGCGGGAACAUGGACUCCCCCCGAGCCCUGGAGCCCCCGCGGGACGGGGAGCAGCCACAGCCCCUCCCCCUCCCCGCUGCCCCCCCACCCCCCCCCUGCCGGGGGACCCCCCAUUGGAGGGGGGGGGGCUCGGGGGGGGGGUCACCUUUGACCCCCGGAGGCUCCGGUUCACCCAGGACGAGCUUCGGCCUCAGCCCAUAGGGAGGAAGGCAAAGAAGGUUCAGGUGCCUGAGGAGCAGAAGGACGAGCGGUACUGGAGCCGCCGCUCGCGCAACAACGCGGCCGCCAAGCGCUCCCGCGACGCGCGGCGCCUCAAGGAGAACCAGCUGUCGCUGCGGGCGGCGCUGCUGGAGCGCGAGAACCUGGCGCUGCGCCAGGACGUGGCGGGAGCGCGGCGGGAGCUGGCGCGCCUGCGGGCGCUGCUGAGGCGCUAUGAGGACAGGCAUGGCGCUAUGGAUCUAACUGGAGCCGGACACUGAGCAGGGAGAAGAUGCCAGAACUGGGAUCCAGCUCCAUGAACUG